CCGAGCUAGCCGGAUCCUCCCGAUUAUAGAAACACGGCUGAGCGUGGUCAUGUUGCACACGGUAGGCUUCAUUUCGUGAAAAGAGCCCGCACCGGAAUACCCGCCUCGCCGCUGAAAAGGCAAAGGGGCUCGUUUUUUUUUGGCGGAAUAACAAAGCCGGUCUGUGAGGAUUGCAAAUCUGAGCCGUGCGAGUCAACGUUAGCUGGCCUAGCCGGACUCGGGAGCUCGUCUCCCAAAACAAGAAUGGGGUCUAGGUCCACUCGGAUUAGCUUGCUAGUAAAGUGACCUUUGAUUGUACUCUCUGAUGGCAAAUUUCACGAAUUACCAGGAAGGCAAGGCAGCGAUGUUGAUGGUGGAGACGCAGCAGAGGGACGUGGGGACGAAAUCUGCGGCCGCCACCGCAAACGGAGACGGCUCGGUCGGGGAACCCCCUUCCCCGUUAAUUAAUAUCGGCGGCGGCGGCGGCGGAGGAGGAGGAGGAGGCGGCUCUCGUUUCCAUCAACAUUUACCGCCCUCCAACCACCUCCACCAUCUCCACCUCAGCCACCAGCAGCAUCUUUCCGGGGAAAACAUCGCUGAGUCCCCCGGCAGGAAAGCCUCCUCCUCGUCUCUCAGCCAGGUACACACGGCCGAGGACCCCGCCGCUUCCUCCUCCGCCGCUAGCAGCAGCAGCAGCAGCAGCAGCCAUGUAUACGCGGCUGUGAACGUCGCAAAUACCUCGGAUGUUGUGGACGAUAUACGCAAAUGUGGCUAUUUAAGAAAGCAAAAACACGGACACAAGAGGUUUUUCGUGCUCCGGGCGGCCAGUCACCUCGGGCCGAGCCGCCUGGAGUACUACGACAGCGAGAAGAAAUUCAGGAACAGCCUGCGCUCUGCUGCCGCGGCAGUCGCCAGCGGCGGAGCGGUCGCCCCUUCUCCCCCUAAAAGGGUUAUUUACCUCUACCAGUGCUUCACGGUAAACAAAAGGGCGGAUUCCAAAAACAAACACCUCAUUGCUCUUUAUACUAAGGACGAGUACUUUGCCAUUGUGGCUGAAAACGAGCAGGAGCAAGAGGACUGGUACGUAGCUGUCAGUGAGUUGAUGAGUGAGGGCAAAAAAGGGCACUUGGAUUCUGAUGAUUUAGAUGAUGGAUACGGUACGGUCACCCCUGGUACUGUGUUUAAAGAGGUGUGGCAGGUGAAUGUGAAACCUAAAGGACUGGGUCAAACUAAAAACCUCACAGGUGUUUACCGGCUAUGCCUCUCUACUAAAACCAUACACCUCGUAAAGUUGAACUCUGAAACCCCCUGUGUUAACCUUCAGUUGAUGAAUAUCAGGCGCUGCGGACAUUCAGAAAGCUUCUUUUUCAUUGAGGUGGGUCGCUCCUCCUCCAUCGGGCCCGGGGAGAUAUGGAUGCAGGUGGAUGAUUCUGUCGUGGCCCAAAACAUGCACGAGACCAUCCUGGAGACGAUGAAAGCCCUAAAAGCUUUUGCUGAGUUUCGGCCCAGGAGUAAGAGCCAAUCAUCGGGCUCCAACCCCAUGCCAUUUAUCACGACACGCCGCCACCUGGGCAACCUGCCGCCAAGUCAGACCGGGCUGCAGAGGCGGUCGAGAACGGAGUCGGUUGUUGGUACGCCGCCGUCAAGUAAGAGCUCUGGGGCAAGUGGUUAUCGCUUCCGCACAUCCAGUGAGGGUGAGGGAACAAUGAACCGGCCGUUCCGCUCCGCCACAGGAAGUCUGGUUCACCUUAACUCAGCAAGGGCCCAUCAUGGUCGUCAGGAGGGUGGCGGAGCCAGCAGUGGUAGUGGUGUUGCCACAGGAAACGCUGGCACAAGCACUAGCGGCGGGGGGCGCUAUGUCAGAGCCAUCCCGGGGUCAUCGUCCACCUACCACGCCCGCUCCGCCUCUCUCCCAGUCUCCCACUUCCCCUCCACCACCAGUCCCGUGAGCGUCUCCUCCAGCAGCGGCCACGGCUCCGUCUCCGACACACUCACCCGCCCAUCGAGCGCCUCAAUAUGUGGCUCCCCGUCUGACGGCGGCUUCAACUCUUCAGACGAAUAUGGCUCCAGCCCCGGUGAUUUCCGGUACUUCCGGGUGAGGAGUAACACACCAGACUCCCUGGGCAACACCCCACCAAUCAGAGAAGAGAACUGUCUAAAUGACUACAUGGCCAUGGGCUGGAACCGGGAGGUCUUUGGCACCAGCGGGGGGUCUGGAAACAACAGUGGAGGUGACACGCCACGGGAUGAGAGCACGUCAACAACGGAGGACGAACGCUUUUCAUCAUCGUCGCUGAGGAGGAGGACGCAUUCUUUCUCCAGACCCGCCGGGGGUGCAACCGGCGGUUCUGGAGUGGCAGUUUACCAGAAAAUGACCCAGACCAACUUUUCAUUGGACGAAGGGUCAGAUGUGGUGUUACCAUUCGGCAGUGGGCUUCUCCGUGGCGGGCCGUCCUCCUCCUCUUCCUCGCUCCGUUCCGACUACAGUUCCUGCUCCGAGCACAGCCAGCAGAGCCGUCCCUCCACGCUCUCCCGGACGGAGGCCGGUGGUGAGCGCCCUUCCCUUCCUUCCUCCUCCUCCUCUGCCAAGGAAGACAGCGGCUACAUGCCCAUGAUGUGUGGCGUGGCUGCGUCACCGCGGGACACCCCUCCCGACUACAUGCCUAUGCAACCCAGCUCCUACUCCCACCACGUCUCCCAUUCCCCGCAGUUUCACAGUCCAGCUUUAGGUGCCCGUUCAGCCCACCCCCAGCUCCCGCCUCAAUCCUCCACGGACUCUCACGGUUACAUGAUGAUGCUCCCAGGGGGCAGCGGCACCUCUCCCUCCCCGGUGCAGGCCUCUCCCAGCCCCCACAGUAGCUCCAGUUUGGCAGGUGCCAGUGGGAGUGACAGUAUAGCAGAGAGACCUGAGAACGGGGAAUAUAUGGACAUGUCGUACAGCAGCAGUGCGGGGCGCAAGCUCUCAAACGAAGGGAGCAGUGGGUAUUAUACACCUGGGACACCUGAGAGCACCCCAAAGUCUUACAGCCCAUAUUUCUCGCUCCCUCGCUCCUACAAGGCCCCCACCAGAGAGAGGGAUGAGAAAGAGUACGGGGAGUAUGUUCCUAUGAGUUCUCCUGCCAAGCCAGUCUAUUCAUCAGUUGCCACAGCGUCAAUGUCAACACCAGAGAGGAGGGUUGGAGGAGGAAGUAGCACCUCCACCCCAUCUCAUCCACCCCCGCCUUAUGGAGCUCAUCAUGCGACCGCAGCAAUGGCCGACAGACGCAUCGUGAGGCCGAACCGCCUCCCUUUAGGCAGAAGGAGUUUCCACGGUCCACUGCGGGUUAGUGAGCCCUCCACAGCGUCUGCAGGCACCUCAACAUCAGUCCCCGCCACUGGUAGCUCGUCUGAAGGGCCUUCCAGUCCCGGAGAAUAUAUUAACAUUGAGUUUGGAGAUCACUACCCCCACCAACAGCAGCCCCCCGCCUACCCUCUCUCUGCCCAAGAUGAAGCGCCUUCCCUGGGGUCCAGUGACCACCGUCACUCCCCUCCACAGCCCCAAUCUCACCAGGACUAUAUGAGUGUGGAGGUAGAAGCAGACCAGCAGGACAGCGCUGGAUGUCUGGGUAAGAACCAGUCACCAAGGCCCAGCCUUGUUGCCCCAUGGAACCCGCCCAGCUACAUCAGACCCCUGGCUAGCAAUCCUGGGGCGCUGGCCUCCCCCGGAGUCCCUGCCGGAGGUCACUGGAGGUCGAUGGGGGACGACUACACGGACAUGACAUUUAACCUCAGCAGAGGUGAGAGGACGCAAACGAGCCCCACAGCCAUGCUGCAGCAUCUCUGUGUAAUCGAGGGACAUUACGGCCAUGCUUCCUCUGCCUCCCCCUCAUCCAUCUCCCCUCCUCUCCCCCCGUCGAGCCCAGGUAGGGCACCAACACAGCAGCUGGAGCCCAAGGUGGUUCGAGCUGACCCCCAAGGCAGGAGGAGACACAGCUCGGAGACAUUCUCCUCCACCUCCUCCACUAAUUCAACUCCCUCUGCAGGAGGACUCGGCCCCUCAUCCUCAGCCACCCACCCAACACUUACGAACACCGCAGCCCCAAACGGGUCUUACCUAACGGAGGGUCAGGCUUCCAGAUGGGCCAGCUCAGCAUCUUUCGACAGUGUGUGGAUGUCUGUGGAGGGUCUAGGGGACUCGCCGGCUCACCAUGCUCCAGUAAGAGCCAUGGAAAUGAGCGCUGCCUCUGGGACCUCAGCAUCCUCGUCCUCGGGGGCCGGGGCCGGUAGAAUGUGCAGGAACAUGUCGGUGGGCUACCAGAACGGACUGAACUACAUUGCCUUGGAGCUGAGGGAGGACGGGAGUAAUAUGGGAGCCAUGACGUCGGGAGCCGGUAGCAGCAAUGGGAGCUUGGUGGUGGCGGCUGCGGCGGCGGCGGCGGCGGCAGCAACGGUGGGGACGGUGCCUCUGCCGGAGAACGGCGCCUAUGCCAGUAUCGACUUCACCAAAUCUGAUGGAGUCACCGCAACAACCAAGGACUGAGCGAGGACGACAGAGGUUCCCCACCCUCCUCCUCCUCCUCUUCAUCAUCCUCCUCCUCCUCAUCUCUCUGCUCGGGGCACUUGACUCUGCCUGUGACCUUUGGCCUCCCGCGCCGGUGACCUCUGACCUUCACCCAGACUGAGAAGCCGCUCCCUUCUGGACGCAGAAAACAAACAACAACAU